CUUUGAGAAGCAACAGCGUUUUAACAAAAACAUUUUUCGCUUUUUAUUGUUGUUGUUUCUGCUGUUGUUGUUGUUUCGGCCGAGCAUAAUGGGCGGCGAGGGACGGUCGGGUCGCGCUUAGAAUUAAUAUAUCCCUCACCGUUUUAGUCUAGUAGGCCACUCCACAAGCUACGGUACGCGGCGCGAAAGCUACGGCGAGAAUAAACUUGAAUUGGAGACGACGACGACGAAGGCGACGUAUGUUUGUUGUUUCGCGAACGAGAAGCCGUGACAAAUGAAGCAGCAGUAGCUUGGAUCGACGGACGCACACAAUCCGAGGCGAUCCCAGGCAGCAGAGCCACGUCUGCGUCGAGAGUGACAGUGCUACCUCAGCAACCUAAACCACCUUUCCCCACAUACACACACCACCGCCAGGAUGCUGCCUCGGUUCCGUUCCUUCUAUGGCAAGCUAAUCAUCUUCAUCCUGGUCGCCCUCUGCUUCAUUCUGUACAGCAAGGUGCAGCAGAAUAGUCCGGCGGACGAUAGCCCAUCGCCGCCAGUCCGGGCGGCCGCCCUCCGGGGCCACGGACGCGACAGCUACCGCGAGGACCACGAUAGCGAGAAUGAGAUAGCCCGGCCCGCCACCCAGUCACCAUACGAGCUGAGCAUCCAGUUUGACCUGCAGAAGCAGCGUGUGGGCCUGGGCGAGAAGGGCGUGGCAGUGCAUCUGUCCGGCGCCGCCAAGGAGCGCGGCGAUGCCAUCUACAAAAAGAUAGCCCUGAAUGAGGAGCUCAGCGAGCAGCUGACUUACAAUCGUAGUGUGGGUGACCAUCGGAAUCCGCUGUGCGCCGCCCAGCAAUACGACGAUGGAUCCCUGCCCAGCGCCAGUGUGGUUAUAAUAUUCUUCAAUGAACCCUACUCUGUGCUCCUGCGCACGGUCCACAGCACGCUGAGUACCUGCAAUCAGAAGGCUUUGAAGGAGAUCAUCCUGGUGGAUGAUGGCAGUGAUAAUCCGGAACUGGGCGGCAAGCUGGAUUACUAUAUACGCACGCGAACGCCGCCGGGCAAGGUGACGGUGCUGCGGCUCAAGAAUCGGUUGGGCCUGAUUCGUGCCCGUUUGGCUGGAGCCCGUAUAGCCACCGGCGAUGUGCUCAUCUUCCUGGACGCCCACUGCGAGGGCAAUAUUGGCUGGUGUGAGCCACUGCUGCAGCGAAUCAAGGAGUCGCGAACAAGCGUCCUGGUGCCCAUAAUCGAUGUGAUCGAUGCCAGUGACUUCCAGUACAGCACCAAUGGCUACAAGUCAUUCCAGGUGGGCGGCUUCCAAUGGAACGGCCACUUUGAUUGGAUCAAUCUCCCCGAGCGGGAGAAGCAGCGUCAGCGAAGGGAAUGCAAGCAGGAGCGGGAGAUCUGCCCAGCCUACAGCCCGACCAUGGCCGGUGGCUUGUUUGCCAUGGAUAGACGCUACUUCUGGGAGGUGGGCAGCUAUGACGAACAAAUGGACGGCUGGGGCGGUGAAAAUCUAGAGAUGUCCUUCCGCAUCUGGCAAUGUGGCGGCACCAUUGAGACUAUACCCUGCUCGCGGGUGGGACACAUCUUUAGGGACUUCCAUCCAUACAAAUUCCCCAACGAUCGCGACACACACGGCAUCAACACCGCCCGCAUGGCUUUGGUGUGGAUGGACGCUUACAUUAACAUCUUCUUCCUGAACCGGCCAGAUCUGAAGUUCCAUGCGGACAUCGGCGAUGUCACCCACCGUGUGAUGCUGCGCAAGAAGCUUCGUUGCAAGAGCUUCGAGUGGUACCUGAAGAACAUUUAUCCCGAGAAAUUUGUGCCCAACCAGGAGGUCCAAGGCUGGGGUAAAGUGCGUGCUGUUAGCGCUAAUCUCUGCCUGGACGAUCUGCUGCAGAACAACGAGAAGCCCUACAAUGCUGGGCUAUAUCCCUGCGGCAAAGUGCUCCAGAAGUCCCAGCUCUUCUCCUUCACCAACUCACAGGUGCUACGCAACGAGCUGAGCUGUGCGACGGUCCAGAAUAGUGAGUCGCCUCCGUACCGAGUGGUGAUGGUGCCCUGCAUGGAGAACGAUGAGUUCAACGAGCAGUGGAAAUACGAGCGACAGCAUCUAAUACACAGCAACACGGGCAUGUGCCUAGACCACAGGGGGCUCAAGAGCCUGGACGAUGCUCAGGUGGCGCCAUGCGACACCAUCAGUGAGUCCCAGCGAUGGAUCAUCGAGCACUGAGGCGGGCGUGGCGAGAGAGUGAGAGGGGGAUCAAGUGGGUAUGGGAUGGGGACCAAACCAACUGAGAGAUACUGACUAACGCCGACUAAACGGAACUGACUCGAAUUCAAAAUAGAGCAAAAAAUUGUAAAUACAUUAAUCGAAUGCUAGAUUUAUAUAUAUAUAUAUUUUUUCUGUACACUGGACACCGACUGUGAGUGUACAAUAAGGAGAGACAGACGGUCGGACGAGUAGCUAGUGCAAAUGAAAUCAAAUCAAAAAACCAACCAGCAAAUCAAACGAGUCAUUUUGAAGAGAACUAAUAACAAUUAAAACCAUGUGUGUUGUGUACGUACUACUUGGUGUGUAUAGAUAUUAAUAUAGAGCCAGAAUUUGUAAAGAUAAACGAUACAUCCUAUGUAAAUGCUAUAGUCGCCAUGUGAUCACGAACGAUGAUGUGUGUUGUUGGGCAGAAAGGUGUGUAACAAUUGCAUUCCGUUUUUGCCAGGGAUUCAAACGGGGCGCUCCAAGCCGAGGCCCCAGCAAUAACCAACUAUGUAAACAGUAAACUAAAUACGUGUCGUAAGCAUUUAUCAACUAACAAUAACAUUUUGCCAUUUGUUUUCAUAAUAAAAAAAAUAAAACACUUCUGACUGAAAGAUA